AUGUGGCUGAACUCUUCGCAAUUACUAAGAUUUAAGCUCCAUUACACGGUGUUUGAUUCAACGGGCAUAUGUUCAAUCAUAUUUUUCAAUCGUCUUGCUUAUGAUUUGAUUGGCUUCUCAGCUGAGGAGUUGAAGACAAAGGUAGCAAAGGACAAAAACCCAGGUUCUUUUCCAAAAGAAUUGAGCAAUUGUGUGGGGAAAGAAAUGAUCGUCAAGCUAAAGAUCAAAGAAAGCAAUAUUAGGUAUCGAAAUAGUAGUAUGGGUGUUAUCCAGUUCUCUACCGAUAAAAAGAUGCUGAAAAACUUUGCGUACUCUGCUAUCGAGGGAAGUCAACUUAAUGAAUCUGAAAACAUCACUUAUGAGAAGGCUACAGUUGACACUUCAUCAUCACAACCAACAACAUUGUUGUCAUGUGGCAUGUUGGAUGUAGAUAAUGAUCUCUUAAUAUCUCAGUUGCAUGGCUCUCCAAACACAUUGUCUAAGCGUAAAAAGAAUCCACCUGAUUCAUCAAUUGAUGAUGACGAGAUGAGAUUGUCUGCCAACUCAACUAUGAAGUCCAACUACAUGAAGCCCUUGAAGAACAUCAAAAAGGAGAAGGAAGAUGAGGACUGA